AUGAAAAUUAUCGCCCGCUUUUGGGUGGAGAAGGGCGCAAAACUUGGUAACCUGGAGUUACUUAUGGCUAGCCAGACAGUCUGGGGUACCUUCGAGAGCCAAUGGCUUAUGCAGCGUCUAACUGUAGUUGGCGCACAUCUACUCCUACUGUGGACGCUAUCUCCCAUUGGUGGUCAGGCUUCUCUACGAUUACUCGAGAAGGACGUCACGGCUGCUUGGGACACUACCAAGGUUAGGUACCUAGAGACAGGCCCCGUUUCUCAGAGUGAGCUUUUCUCUGCUGCCGGCGGUUCGCUGUUCUCUGCUAUCGACUCGACCUACGUUUCAUCUCUCCUGGCUCCUGAGGAUGUGAAAAUCGCGCCCCAGGACACAUGGGGCAACAUCAAGAUCCCGCGCUUGGAGGUUCUCAACACUUCUCUCGGUAAUGCCGAGGGGUGGAUUGCUGUACCGCCCGUUACGAAAGCCGAACAGUACUCGUCAAUGGUGGGGAUACCGAUAGUCGGUUUAACUUCCGACAGCGAUUCCACUUUCAAAGUAGAUUCAUCCUAUUUGGCCCUCCAAUGCUCGGACUACCUCUAUGGAUCAAUGCAAGACGGCUCCUGGGAGCAGGCGCUCGGCCUGAUCUGGACGGGGAAGACCAAUAGGAGCCAGACCAAUCCUUUUUACGAUUCUCGGACCGGGCGGCCUACUAGUUUCUUCCUUGAUACGAACGUUGUGCUGAACAAUCAUGCCAGGAUCGUUGGUGCAGUUAGGGACCUUAAUGCCUCGGAGAGUGCUGAUCCAUUCCUCGGUCUCCAACGAAAUGUGAUUUUCGGAAACCGAAGUCCAGUGUCUGACUUCACGCAAAUUCUCAUUACGAACUGUUCCUUAGCAACCACUUACGUUGAGUCGAUGGUCAACUGCACUGGUACUCGCUGUGGCGUUACGAAAAUGCGCCCGUCGCGUGCGGACCAUCCGCCUGUGCAUCUAACAGCUCUGGAGAUCCUCUCCCUGUGCCACAACUUUUUCACCAAGCUCCCUUACGCCGCGGGCCUCCAAGGCUCCGGCUCUGCCUCCGCAACUGAGUUCUUCCUCAACGCAACCGACAAGCCCCCAUACGCCCGAGCAGCCUUCAGCGCCAGAUACGUCGACCUCUCUCACAUCUCGCCCUCCGACCUUUCCGCCCGCCUCAGCCUUGUCUUCAACACCUAUUUCCAGCUCUCCCUCGCGCCACUAGCACACACGGGCGGCCUACCCACCGAUCUAUCACUCUACGGCCCCGACACCAUUCCCCUCCUAGGAGACGCUCGUAACAGCCUUCCCCCGGAAGAACUAGACGCCAUUAUCGGGGCGCCCAUGGUUUCCCGCGCCGUCGUCGCCGACCGAGCCCGCAUGCACCAGAUCUACGUAUGCAACUAUGGCUGGCUGGCCGCGCUGGUAGUCGCUUCCUCGGUCCUGCUUCUUGUCGGCGGUGCAGGCCUCAUCCUUAGGCAUAGAACCUUUGCGCCGGAUAUGAUGGGGUAUGUGGCCAGCAUGACGUAUGAGAAUUCAUACGUGGGGCUGCCGAAGGGCGGUAGCGUGCUGGAUGCGAUGGAGAGGGCAAGGAUCUUGAGGGAUGUGAGGGUGAGGAUUGGGGAUGUGAGAGGUGGGGAUGGGAUCGGCCAUGUGGCAUUUGUUGGGGAGGGGACGAAGCUAGUAAGGGAGUUGGAGAAAGGGAGGGAGUAUAUUUGA